AUGUCCAUUUCGGGGCUUCAAUUGAUUGCCACCCCCUUAUCUCGCCCACCCUCUUCCUCUUAUCUUCUGCAGCCAUUCGCCGUCACCCCAGAUAUUAGGCCAUGCUCGCGAUUGAAGCCGCCCGCUGCGACCACCGCUCCCCUGCGCACGCUUGCUCCCCCAGGACGGACUUCAAAUCAUACUCGCGUUUGCUGCUGUUAUCGGGUCCCCGUCCCUUGGGGUCUCGCCCAGCCUGUCCAGCCCGCCCGGCCUGUUGCUUGUCUCGGCUCCGCCAUUUUUGCUCCAGUCCAAGAGCCGGCGAUGACGCCUACAUGCCCUCAUGUCGCUGUCAGCUUGCUGCUAGAGCGAGGACUGGAGGAAACAAACCCGGCUGAGGUGCAGCGUCGCAUCACACAAACGCCAGGUCCCAACACUUCAUUUCGUCUUGCGCUGCGCUUGCAUGUUGCUGACCUGGCGAUGCCGCCAUUCCACGUCAACCUCACCACCCAACGUCAACACUUCAACGUCCCCCCCUGGUCCGCCACGCUGCACCUCAUCUCUCUGCCGGGACACAAGGCCCAUACCCUAUCUCGCCCUCCCGCCCAGGGGUCGAAGUCGGCCGUGGCACUGUGGCGCCACGUUGCCCUUCAUCUCCCCAAGAAGACGGGUCUGAGAUGGGAGGACCAUGUUCCAUCCACAGGCACAGAGCCUUUGAGGGAAUGA